ACAUGGAGCAGGUACAGCCGAGCAGGGCCUGGGGCCGGAGCGUGAGGAUUGUGAUUGUGAUCUUCAGCGUCCUCCACGCAGGAGCUGGUAAAUUGGAGAUCAGCAGGACUGAUUCCCCUAUAGAGGCACUGCUGGGUCAUAACACAACCAUCCCCUGCCACAUCUCCGGCUAUAAGGCUCCAUCUUUGGAUACUUCCAUGGUUUAUGUGCGCUGGACCAGAGCCGAAGAGCUCGUCUAUUUAUUUAACGGUGGACGUCAUACUCCAUAUAGAUCUGGGUCAUAUAUAUCAGAACAUGGAAUUGCAGGAGGGGAUGCCAGUCUGUAUAUGCCGGACAUUCGGUUCGGUGAUCAGGGAGAAUACACCUGUUUUGUCACGGUCACUCCCGAUGACGCGAUUAGUACAGUCACUGUACGGCUGUCAGCUAUGCCAUCUUGUAGGCUGAGUGACUCCACACUAGUAAUGGAUCCUGACACGGAGAGAUCUGUCACAUGUUAUGUGAGCGGCUUCUAUCCGGAAAAUGUGAAAAUACAAUGGCUGAAGUACAGUAAAGCUUCCUCCAACCAAUCUGAACUGAAUAGCCAGACCUGCACCAGUGUGCCCGUCCAGAACCACGAUGGGACCUACAAUGUGACCAGUGUCCUGUCUACGAGGCCUGUGAGCAGAUAUAUGGACGGAGACGUGUAUUCCUGUGUAGUCUUCCACAGGUCGCUGACAGAUGGUCAUAAUUGUAAUGUAUCCUUAUCAGUGCAUCCUGUACCAGAGAACAACACGGCUGUGAUAUUGUUAGCGAUACUCGUGCUGCUGUUAUUGCUUCUGACCCUGGGCUUAAUUUACAGAUUUUGUUUUAAGAAAGCACCAAUUGAGGUCAUGGACAUCAUUGGACCUGAACUGAUCCACAUGCAGAAGGUAAACCUGGCAUGUCCUAUAGUACAUUUCAGACCCAAAGGAAUUGAUCUCUCAUUAUUUAUAAUUAAAGACGAGAAGAAGAGUCGAGUCUCUGAAUGGAGUUCCAAAGAGACAAAGAACGAAGAAGAUAUUCCAUUAUUAAAUCCUUUUUUCCCGACGCUGAUGCCUUCCAUAAUACAGGCUGGCAAUGGCUUUUUCAGCUGUAUCUGCUCUAUAGCUAUAACACCUCACUUUCAUGAACAUGAUGGCGCCACAAUUAUUUUGCAAGUUGAACAUGAAGCUGUGAAAGAUCCCAUCUGUAAAGAGCUGACGCUGAGGGUGAAAGCUCCACCUGUUUUGGAUCCAAUAAAGACAAACCAAGAAUCCUACAACAUCGGGGACCAUUUGCAGCUAACGUGCAAAAUCCACUCCUUUCAUCCACAAAAUAUAAAUGUCACCUGGUGCAAAGGCGAAGAAACUUUACUAUCAGAAAAUAAUGAAGCUGAAAGAGAUGGGAAUGGGUUAUUCUACCUUACCAGCUGUGUACAGGCCACUGUCCAAGAGGAAGACUUUGGGAAAGUAUUCAGGUGUAAGGCUGAGCACCAGGGAGUGACAAAUGAAGCUGAAGGCGUCACAUGGAAAUUACAGAAGCAAGUACAUGCAUCAUAAUCAGAAGAUGGGAUUGACUCCUAGCAUGGAGAGCUAUAAGAUGACAUCUUGCCUCAGAUCAAAUUAUGAAAAGGAAAUGUCUUUGAAUUUAUAAAAUGGCUUUGGUCACAUUAUGCAGCCUCCAAACCUAAACUUAAUUUCAUCUCUAGGUCCAAAAUGAAAUUGCUGAUUAUGUUUAUAAUAUGUAUUUGAAGAGGCUCCUCCCCUUCAUCUAUCACAUUGAAUCAAAUGAUAACUGUCUCCCUGUCUGCUGUCACCACCAGGGGGAGCUCACAGCCUUAUUGUUUUAUACAGCUCCCAUAGGAAUCAAUAAUAAAUGUGUAUGCCGUGUGCUCCCCUAGUUGUCACUGCAGACGGCCAGAAUUGCAUCUCUGUGGCUGUAUGAAGUAAAACUGUAAAUUUGGAGCUCUUCCCAUGCUAAUGUUGCACAUCUCUCCCUAAUUCUACACCCCUUUAAUCCUCAAUUUAUUUUUAGUAUUUGAUUACCAAAUUAAUGGCUGUGUAGAUAUCACAGUGAAUAUUCUGAGGUGCUGUUCACAUACUUUGUGACUGUAAGAGUAUGAUAUUCAGCACCUGAAUAAUACGGUACUUACGGCUGCUGGGACAAGUCUGGAACUAUUCCCUAAACUGGGAGAGGUGCCAUGAUGGGGCCUGGGACUUAUAGUCGCUCCUGUCCGCAUCUUUACUUGUGGUUUAUAUAGAAGAAGACACAGAUCUGCUGCUCAUCCGCCAGGGCUCCUGGGGUAUCCCCAGUUUACAUUCAGAUACAUAAUGUGAGUUUUAUCCUAGACUAAGUUCACUUUAAUUG